CUCAGCAUGUGAAUUGGACCUGAUCACCCAGUUGGAGACAGAACAACCGUAGAUCCUGGAUCAUUAGAGAACUGAAGAGGACUGUCCAAAGUCUAAAAAAUACCUGUCUAGAUAGGGAGAUUUGAACUGAACCAAAACAUCAACACCAAUCAGGCUGCUUUAGAAGAACUAGAGUUUUCAGGAUCAGUUAUGGAAAAUCUCAUAAGAAAUACUGCUCAGGUUCUUACAAAUGAAGAAACCUAUAAAAGUAAGGGCCAGUUAUCAAAGUAGACAAAAUGUCCUGCACAAAAGAAAUCCUCUUUUGAGAACACAGCAAUUAGAAAAGUGUCAAUAAUGCUCAAAGAAAUUUUAACUGGAGAGAGAGACCCUGAAUCCAGUGAAUUUAGCCUAAGCUCAAACCUUGAUGCACAACUGAAAAUUCCAAAAGGAAAUAGAUCCCUCAUGUCUAGGAAAGACUCCAAAAAUAACUCAGACUUAAUUAAGCACCAGAAACUCUUCCCACAAAAGAAACCUUGUAAAUGCAAUGAAUGUGGGAAAGUCUUUAGUUACCAAUCAGAACUUCUUGUACACAAUAGAAUUCAUGGAGGAGAGAAGCCUUUUGAAUGCAAUGAAUGUGGAAAAACUUUCAGCCGAAGUACACACCUUAUUGAACAUCAAAGAACUCACACUGGAGAAAAACCUUAUGAAUGCAAUGAAUGUGGAAAAGCUUUUAGUCGAAGUACACAUCUUAAUCUGCAUCAAAGAAUCCAUACGGGAGAAAAACCCUAUGAAUGUAGUGAAUGUGGGAAAGCCUUUAGCCGAAGCACUAACCUGAGUCAACAUCAGCGAAUUCAUACUCAAGAAAAGCCUUACAAGUGUAAUGAAUGUGGGAAAGCUUUUAGUGACCGUUCAACUAUAAUUCAGCAUCAACGAAUACACACUGGAGAGAAUCCCUAUGAAUGCAGUGAAUGUGGAAAAGCUUUCAGCUGGAUCUCAUCUCUCAUGGAACAUCAGAGAACACACAGUGGGGAGAACCCCUAUGAGUGCAGUGACUGUGGGAAAGUAUUCAGUCGAAGCUCAUCUCUUACUGAACAUCAGCGAAUCCACACUGGAGAAAAGCCCCAUGAGUGUAAAGAGUGUGGAAAGGGCUUCAGUCGGAGCUCAUCCCUUAUUAUUCACCAGAGAACUCAUACGGGAGAGAAGCCUUACAAAUGUAAUGACUGUGGGAAAGCCUUCAGUCAGAGUUCAACUCUCAUCAGACAUCAGCAUCUUCAUACUAAAGAGUAA